AGCGCAUUGCAAAUAACGAAUUGCAUUCGUGUGCAGAUCUCGAAUAACUUUUGGACUUUUAAGAGAAAACUUUUAAAGUUUAAGUGAGAUUUUUAAGAAUAUUGACCCUGAGUUAACAUAUUUCUAGUUUCCUCCAGGUUGCCAACAGUACUAAUGGCGGAAUCAUGUGUUCUUGGUUGCGAGAGCGAGGAAUUGAAAUUUCAAAUGGAACCUAGUGGAAAUUCUUUGAAGAAGCUGGAAAGGAAGAUGAGGAAAUGCCACGCUGUUGUGGAAAAGGAGACGGGCAUCCCGUGCUCCACCUCGAAUCCUACCAAAAAUGUUGUGGUGUGCAAUUCGGGAUUAUCCAAUGGGUUAACCGAGGAAGUGGUGAUGGAGAGCUUCAUGUCGUUUGGAACUCUGGAUAGAAUUAUCAUGUUGCCAGGCAAAUCUUGUUGCUUUGUGGUAUUUAAAAAUCUUGCGAAUGCGAAAGAUGCGUUCGAGCACAUCAAUGGGAAAUUGAAGAUCGCUCAGGACAACAAACCCAUUCUCCUUGGAUACUCUGAAACGCUGCCGGCAGUAAGACCGAUCGAUUUCAGGGUGAAGCCGCCUGGCUUGAAAGUGGUUCCGGACUUCAUCAGCGAGGCCGAAGAGGAACUGCUUCUGUCUCUGGUUAAUUUCGAUGAGGAUGAGGGCGGCGAUGGUGUGAUGAAGCAUCGGCAGGUGAAGCAUUUCGGAUUCGAGUUUCGCUACGAUAUAAAUAACGUGGACAAGGAUGCGCCUUUGGAGGUGGGAGUUCCAGCCGAGUGCGAUUUCCUUUGGGAUAGGCUGAAGAGUCGCGGUCUGGAUUUCCGGCCGGAUCAGUUGACUGUGAAUCACUACAAACCAGGUCAGGGUAUUCCGCCGCACGUGGAUACGCACAGCGCCUUCGACGAACCUCUGCUCUCCGUAUCCUUGAGCUCCGAUAUCGUUAUGGACUUUAGACAUAGGAAUGGCAAGCAUCUUCCCGUCUUCGUUCCCAGAAGGUCGUUGACUAUCAUGAAUGGGGAGAGCAGGUAUGAUUGGACGCACGGAAUCACUCCGAGGAAGCUAGACGUGGUGCCGUCCGAAAAGGGGAUCACAGCUAACGAGAGAGGUGUCCGGGUAUCGUUCACCUUCCGUCGAAUUCGACAAGGGGAAUGCGAAUGCAUUUACAAGAGUCUAUGCGAUUCGCAUAGACGAAAAGCCGAGGACAUCUCCAACGAAAUUGCAGCUAAAUUGGAGAGCACGCACGUGCACCAGGUCUACGAGGAUAUUGCCGAUCACUUCAACGAAACCAGACACAAGCCGUGGCCCAAUGUCCUUGAUUUCGUUCUCUCCAUGAAGCCGGGCUCCAUCGUCGUGGACAUUGGCUGCGGGAAUGGAAAGUAUAUGGGGAUUAACAAAAAUGUAUUUGAUAUGGGUUGUGAUAGAAGCUUUAAUUUAUUGGAUCUUUGCGUGGAGAGUGGAUACAAUGUGUUCAAUUGCAAUUGCUUGAGUGUUCCACUGAGAGACGGUAUAGCAGAUGGUGUUAUUUGCAUUGCAGUCAUUCAUCAUUUGGCGAAUGAGGAGAGACGAAAGCAAUCGAUUUCUGAAAUGAUACGUGUGUUACGGGUUGGGGGAAGGGCGCUGAUCUACGUGUGGGCCAAGGACCAAAACUACUACAGGAAGUCCAGUUACCUGAAGCAGAACAGGAAAAACAGGAAGGACGAGACGGACAUCACCGAGCAGGACGAGAUCAAGUUCAGUUUCGACAGGGUGACGUUGCCGAUACACACCAAUCGCAAGCAGUUCUUGCACCAGGACCUCUUCGUGCCGUGGAAGCUGCUGAACGAGGGUACAAUAAGUGACGAGUUCCUCAGGUACUAUCACGUCUUCGAAGAGAACGAAUUGGACUACCUGGUGCGUACGUUCGAUGACGUCGAGGUGAUCGAGAGUUACUACGAGCAAGGGAACUGGUGCAUCGUCUUCGAGAAGGUCAAGUGAGAGAGAGAUUGCUUCAUCUUCAGACGUAGGUGGGCCUGAAUAUGUGCAGCAGCUCCGUGUACGUGUACCUCUGCAGGACCUCCAG